CCGCCCCGGAUACCCGGAUGUACGGAGCCAAUCAGAGGCGAGCUUCUCCUCCCACUGUCCAGAUGCGGCUCGUGUUAGCCAGAGCAAUGAGGAAUAACAGUGCUUUUUUCAUGAUGUCCGUGGUUUGAAUACGUCUUUCAUAGACUCCCAGGCCUAACGAUGGACCCUGUGGUGCUGAGCUACCAGGACAGCCUGCUGCGGCGCUCUGACGUCUCCUUACUGGAAGGACCUUACUGGCUUAACGACCAGGUCAUCGGCUUUGCCUUUGAAUACCUGGUUAACGAGCGCUUCAGAGCCCUGGGAGACGCCGUCAUCUUCAUCAGCCCAGAGGUCACCCAGUUCAUCAAGUGUGCCCCCUGUCCCGACGAGCUAGCCCUCUGCCUGGAGCCUCUGGACCUCCCGUCCCGCCGCUGGGUCUUCCUGGCCGUCAACGACAACUCCAACCAGACGGCCGGCGGGUCCCACUGGAGCCUCCUGCUCUACCAUCACCACUCCAACUACUUUGCGCACUACGACUCUCAGAACGGCAGCAAUUCGCUGCACGCGCGGCGCAUCGCCAGCAAGCUGGAGCCCUUCCUGGGCCCCAGGAGGAAAGCGCUGUUCGUGGAGGAGCCAUGCCCGUCGCAGCAGAACAGCUACGACUGCGGCAUGUACGUCAUCUGCAUCGCCGAGGCUCUGUGCGAGAAGGUCAGGCUGGAGGGCUCCCCCCGCCUCCCCGUGCAGAUCAUCACCCCGGCCUACAUUACCCAGAAGCGGGCCGACUGGUGCAGACUGAUCCAGAGUCUGGCCCAGAAUGACCUCUGAUGCUCUCCGUCUUUCCCCCGGCUGCGUGCAGGACAGCGCCCCCUACCGUCUGCUGCUGGAGAAACAGAAUGCGCUCCUCGCCUACAGCGUAUAGCUACAUAUUUAAUAUAUUGCCCUUACAGUCAGCGUGUUAGGAAUGCUUCGGAGAAAGAGUUGUUGUGAUGUUUCUUCCGGUGUGUCUGUGUGUGUGUGUGUGUGUGUGUGUGUGUGUGUGUGUGUGUGUGUGUGUGUGUGUGUGCGCAGCAACGUCCCGUCUAAAGAACACCAGCAUGCCUAUAGAGCUAAAAACGCGCACGUGCUUCGUCAGCUCGGAGGGCGUGUCCUGUGGAGCAGGGGGAGGAAUCGACUCUUUGAUCUGAUUGGUGUGGAGCGAAUGUAGAAAUGUUUACAGAGAUUAUUGCUCAGGGUCAUUUGAAAUGAACUGAAUUGACUAUAAGAAUGUGCAAACGGACUCUGGCUCCGACGUCCCGUCACAACGUCGUUCUGCUCCUCACUCCCGACAGGUGUCGUCUCUGCACCAGCGGGAGUUUUCAAACGAGCGUCUCGUGCCGCCAAGUGUUUUUCGGGACACAGUGCAAUGCUGAGGGGAGGAAUGUCCGCUAUGUUCUCACAAACGAGUCGCACUCGGUGUAUGAUCCGAUCAGUGCGGCAGCCGUCACGUUUUUUGUGGACGGGAGGGGAAAAAAAGCGCUGUAAAAUCGCUUUGUGGUUUUCAUUUGACACGCCAGCUGUUUAUUUUUUUCUUUUCUUCUAUUAAUAAAACCUCUUUGGCUGCACAACAAUCAGAAUUACCUUCAAUAUGUGUUUAAAAUGUCUCCUGAAAUGAAAAUGAAAUGGAUUAAAUUAACAUUGUCAA